CACUCCAUCUCAACAGAACACCGUGGGGGCUAGAAGGCAGGCCAGGGGGCCCGGUUGCCAUGGCUCCCUUGUAGCCGAGCCCAGGGAGCUGGGGAUGCCAGUCACGGACAGUCCCUUUUUCCUCUUUGUGCCUCUCCUGUCCUCUUUCUCUGUCUCUUCCUAUUUUUUUUCCUCCCUUGAGUGAAAGUGUGCGUAGGGAGGGAGCAAGUGAUUGAUUUGGAGAAAGAGGAUUGGAGCCCAGAGGCUGGGGAAACCUGGCGGUCUUCAUCCCUAAGUCCCUUGGUUAAGAAGAACCUCACUUUCUCAGCGAGGGGGCAGAGCUGAGGAAUUCCUGUGAAAAAUCUGGGGCGGGAGGAGCAGCGGCACCACGAUUCAGGUGUUAUAGACUGCAGACAAUGAUUCUACCCUGAUAAUCCAGGCAGACCACAGUGGAUCAAAAAAUACUGUUUUCUCCCACUUCCUCAGUGAACAGAAAGUACUAGAGACCCUUCCCAGUCUUUGCACGUUGCCUCCUUUUCGAGUUAUGAUGGAGUCACCAUUAUGUGGAAGAGGACUGAUCCUGAGUCUAAUUUUUCUCCUGUUCAAAUUGUCAACAGCUGAAAUACCACUAUCAGUUCAACAGGUUCCAACAAUUGUAAAGCAGUCAUAUGUGCAAGUGGCCUUUCCCUUCGAUGAGUAUUUUCAAAUUGAAUGUGAAGCAAAAGGAAACCCUGAACCAAUAUUUUCAUGGACUAAGGAUGAUAAGCCUUUUGAUCUUUCUGACCCUCGGAUAAUUGCGUCUAACAAUUCAGGCACAUUCAAGAUCCCAAAUGAGGGCCACAUCUCUCACUUUCAAGGAAAAUACCGCUGUUAUGCAUCUAAUAGACUAGGAACUGCAGUAUCAGAAGAAAUAGAGUUCAUAGUUCCAGGUGUUCCAAAAUUCCCAAAAGAAAAAAUUGAACCCAUUGAUGUAGAAGAAGGGGAUUCCAUUGUCUUACCCUGCAACCCUCCAAAAGGCCUCCCACCUUUGCACAUCUAUUGGAUGAAUAUUGAGUUAGAACACAUUGAACAAGAUGAGAGAGUAUACAUGAGCCAAAGAGGAGAUCUGUACUUUGCAAAUGUGGAAGAAAAUGACAGUCGGAAUGAUUACUGUUGCUUCGCUGCAUUUCCAAAAUUAAGAACGAUUGUACAGAAAAUGCCAAUGAAACUGACUGUGAACAGUUUAAAGCAUGCUAGUGAUUCAAGUUCAUCCACAGAAAUUAGUUCCCAGGCAAAUUCCAUCAAGCAAAGGAAACCCAAACUUCUGUUGCCUCCCGCCCAAAUGGGAAGUUUCUCCACAAAGACUGUCCUCAAAGGGGAUACCCUGUUACUCGAAUGUUUCGCAGAGGGCCUACCAACUCCACGUGUCCAGUGGAACAAACUGGGUAGUGAAUUACCAGAGGGAAGAGCAACAAUUGAAAUUCAUGAAAAGACAUUGAAGAUAGAAAACAUCUCCUACCAGGAUAGAGGAAAUUAUCGCUGUACAGCCAACAAUUUGUUGGGGAAAGCCAGUCAUGAUUUUCACGUCACAGUAGAAGAGCCUCCACGCUGGAAAAAGAAACCCGAGAGUGCCGUGUACAGCACGGGGAGCAGUGGCAUCUUGUUGUGUGAAGCAGAAGGAGAACCUCAACCCACAAUCAAAUGGAGACUCAAUGGCUUGCCAAUUGAAAAACAUCCAUUUCCUGGUGACGUUAUGUCCCCCAGGGAAAUCAGUUUUACAAACUUACAGCCAAAUCAUACUGGUGUAUAUCAGUGCGAAGCUUCAAAUAUUCACGGAACCAUUUUGGCCAAUGCCAAUAUUGAUGUUGUAGAUGUUGUCCCACUGAUAAAAACUAAGAAUGAAGAAAAUUAUGCAACAGUGGUUGGCUACAGUGCUUUCUUACACUGCGAGUACUUUGCUUCUCCCAAGGCCACAGUGGUCUGGGAAGUGGCUGAUGAAACACAUCCCCUGGAAGGUGGUCGGUACCAUACCCAUGAAAAUGGCACACUGGAGAUCUACAGAACUACCGAGGAGGAUGCGGGCUCCUACUCUUGUUGGGUAGACAACGCCAUGGGAAAAGCCGUCAUCACAGCAAACUUGGAUAUUAGAAAUGCUACAAAGCUCAGAGUUUCUCCUAAGAAUCCUCGAAUCCCUAAAUCACAUGUGCUUGAACUAUACUGCGAAAGCCAGUGUGACUCACAUUUGAAACACAGUUUGAAGCUGUCCUGGAGUAAAGAUGGAGAAGCUUUUCAGACGAAUGGCACAGAAGAUGGCAGAAUAGUGAUUGACGGAGCUAAUCUGACCAUAUCUAACAUCACAGCAGCAGAUCAGGGCAUUUACUCCUGUUCUGCUCAAACUUCUCUUGAUAGUACUUCGGAAAAAACUCAAGUAACCGUCCUUGGUGUUCCAGAUCCGCCAGGAAACCUUCACUUGUCAGAAAGACAAAACAGAAGUGUCCGGCUGUCCUGGGAAGCAGGAGAUGACCACAACAGCAAAAUUAGCGAGUACAUUAUAGAGUUUGAAGGGAACAGAGAGGAACCCGGAAAGUGGGAGGAGCUAACUAGAGCCCAGGGAGAAGAAACAGACAUUGUGUUAUCUUUGGCUCCGUACGUGAGAUAUCAGUUUAGGGUCACAGCUGUAAACGAAGUCGGAAGAAGCCACGCCAGCCUGCCUUCAGACCAUCAUGAAACUCCACCAUCGGCUCCAGACAAGAAUCCCCAGAACAUCAGAGUUCAAGCAUCUCAACCCAAGGAAAUGAUUAUAAAAUGGGAGCCUCUGAAAUCCAUGGAACAGAAUGGGCCAGGACUGGAGUACAGAGUGAGCUGGAAGCCCCAGGGAGCCCCGGAAGAGUGGGAAGAAGAAAUAGUUACAAACCACACACUACGUGUGAUGACACCUACUGUCUAUGCUCCUUAUGAUGUCAAGGUCCAAGCCAUCAAUCAACUAGGCUCUGGGCCUGACCCUCAGCCAGUGACACUCUAUUCAGGGGAAGAUUAUCCUAGUACAGCUCCUGUGAUCCAUCGUGUGGAUGUUAUGAACAGUACAUUAGUUAAAGUUACCUGGUCAUCAAUUCCUAAGGAAACAGUACACGGACUUCUAAGAGGGUACCAGAUAAAUUGGUGGAAAACCAAAAGCCUGUUGGAUGGAAGGACACAUCCCAAAGAAGUAAACAUUCUAAGGUUUUCAGGACAGCGAAACUCUGGAAUGGUUCCUUCCCUAGAUCCCUUUAGUGAAUUUCACUUAACAGUCUUAGCCUAUAACUCCAAAGGAGCUGGUCCAGAGAGCGAGCCUUAUAUAUUUCAGACACCAGAAGGAGUACCUGAACAACCAAGUUUUCUCAAGGUCAUCAAAGUUGAUAAAGACACUGCCACCUUAUCCUGGGGCCUUCCUAAGAAACUAAAUGGAAAUUUAACUGGUUAUCUCUUACAAUACCAGAUAAUAAACGACACCUACGAGCUUGGAGAAUUAAAGGAAGUCAACGUUACUACUCCAUCUAAAUCCAGCUGGCAUCUCUCCAACCUCAACGCAACAACGAAAUACAAGUUCUACCUGAGGGCAUGCACCUCCAGAGGCUGUGGAAAGCCAAUAAGCGAGGAAGGUGCCACUCUAGGAGAAGGGAGUAUAGGUAUCAGGAAGAUAACAGAAGGAGUAAAUCUUACCCAAAAGAGUCACCCUGUAGAGGUACUUGUGCCGGGAGCGGAACAUAUUGUUCACCUAAUGACUAAGAAUUGGGGUGAUAACGAUAGCAUUUUUCAAGAUGUAAUUGAGUCAAGAGGGAGAGAGUACGCUGGCUUAUAUGAUGACAUCUCCACUCAAGGCUGGUUUAUUGGACUGAUGUGUGCAAUUGCUCUUCUUACACUGAUAUUGUUAACUAUUUGCUUUGUGAAGAGGAACAGAGGUGGAAAGUAUUCAGUAAAAGAAAAGGAAGAUUUACACCCAGAUCCAGAAGUUCAAUCAGCAAAAGAUGAAACUUUUGGAGAAUACAGCGACAGUGAUGAAAAACCUCUCAAGGGAAGUCUUCGGUCCCUGAAUAGGAACAUGCAGCCCACAGAGAGUGCUGACAGUUUAGUGGAAUAUGGAGAGGGAGACCAGUCCAUAUUCAACGAAGAUGGAUCAUUUAUUGGCGCUUACACUGGAGCUAAGGAGAAGGGAUCCGUUGAAAGCAAUGGAAGUUCAACCGCCACCUUCCCACUCCGGGCAUAAGCACAACACAUUCAUGCACCAAGGCUGGCUAAGCCGGACCUCCCCAUUCUCUUAAGGGGAGCAAGGCCUUUUACAAAAGAGUGGAAACGCGUGUCCAGAGGUUGAUAUUCUGCAAUUUUGUUGAGAGAAAUAGCACUGCCUUCAAAAAGGAAAAGGAAAAAAAAAAAUCAGAUGCCAAGUACUUCAGACUUGUGUUUCGUUUUGGGUUUUGAUUUCAGGUGCUCAAAAUGCAGAACACGAAACAAAUCCUGUACUUAGAUCCACUUUGACUGAAUCCAAAGUUCCCUUUUCAGAUACUCCACAGCUGCCUGGCUCUCCUGUUCAGUGUGUGUGCAUUGAUGUUGCUAACUAUGUGGGUUUCUCUCUGGAUGCACAAUUAUACUUAGUUUUGAAGAACUGUUUUAGUGACUUCGAUUCACUACAGGUUAAAAGAUUGUAAGCAAGCAAGCUGGUUAUUUGAAAUGUAAAAAGGAACAUGAUUGUCUUAUUAAACAUCCCGUGGAAUCUACACAGUCUAAAGUUAUUAUUUAAAAUUUUAGUAGCAAAAUUCUCAGAUGAUCAUACCACUCAUAUUUAUUGAGCUCCUAACUUUUUGCCUGAAGAAGGCUAUCUUUACACAGAUUACAAUAUUUUGUCUCUAAAUUCUGUCACUCAUGGUAACUCUGUAUGUACCUUUCUUCCUCUCCCUACCUGCCUCCCUCCUUCCCUCCCUCCCUCUCCUUUCUUUCUUUCUUUCUUCCUUU